AUGAAGAGUAUAUAUUUACUUCUAGAUCUAGUAAUGUCAUUAAUAUCUCCAUCAGAUCUUGCUUCUCAUUCACAUCAAUUGUCAAUAAUACCUGAACCCAAAAUAAACUCAACAAAUCAAAAAUCAAUUACUUUUCCAUUAACUUCACCAAUUCCAACAAAUCAUUAUAAACAACAACAUCAACAUCAACAAUUUCAAAUUCAAUAUGCUAUUCAACCACCAAGUUCAGAAUUACCAAUUAAAUACAUUCAAACAGCACCAAUCAAUUUCCCAACUUCUCCGACUUCAAUACCUAUUAAUAAUGAUAAUUUAAUUAAUAAUCCUACUUCAACUACAAGUUUUGCAUCUUUUGAAAUUACUUCUGGUUCAAUAUCUCAAUCUCCUUAUUAUUCUUCAUUAUUUUUAUCUCCUCAUAAUCCACCAUUUGAACCAGAUUUAUAUUCUCCAAGAAAUCCUCAACAAUUACCACCAGCUCCACCAUCAUCUCAUCCACAACAACAAUAUCAUCACAAUUCAUUAUCAAUGGGAGGAUUUAAUAGUUUAAUGGAAGAUAGAUAUUCAAGAUUUAGACCACUGGAUUCACAACAUAAUAAUGAAAAUAUAAUGAUUGGGUUACAUCCUUUUCAACAAGAAAAUUAUGGGAUUCCUAAAAAAAAAUUAUUUAAUUCAAUGACAAAUUGGUUUAAACGUAAAUCAUCAUCAUCAACAUCACCUUCAACAAAUUUAAUACUUUCAAAUAAUAAUAAUAAUAAUUUACAAAUAGUUAAUGAAGAAGAAGAAGAAGAAGAAGGGGAAGGAGAUGGAGAAAAAUCAUCAAGUAUUGAAAAUACAAUUAUUAUAUCUAAUGAACCUAAUGAUAUUACUCCUCAACCUGUUUAUACUCCAAGAGGUAUUCCAAUUAAUGAAUUUCCUUUAAAUUUUAAUAAAGAACAAAAUAAUGAAAAUAAUUUAAUUAGAAAUAGAAAUAGAAAUGAUGAUAUUAUUGAUUCUUUUGAUGAUGAAGUAAGAGAUUUAAUUAAUGGUGUUGAUAAUUUUUUAAUCAAUUGUUUAGAAAAUGUUUGGAAUUUAACUAAAUCAACUUCUGAUUAUUGUCUUAGUUUAUGUGCUUAA